AUGACAAACAUAGCGCAAAGAAACCGACCUCUCUUCGGGUCCAAAAAGAAUAAAAACCAAGGACUUAGAGUUGACACCACUGUUGUUCACUCAACGCCUACGGAUGUCAUUACACCUCCAUCUUCCGGCGCUGUGUCAAAUUCUGCCAUGUCGACUACAGAUUAUCAUACAACGAGGGGCACUGCUAGUACGAUUACGCUGCCUGAAUCACCGGUAUCGCCGCUGGGAGGCAUGAAUCCUAUCAAAGAGUAUCGGCGAAAUCCCCAGGCAGAUAUGAGAGUGAUGGUUGAGGGUGCAGACAUUCCAAGCCCGGUCUCCGCAGAGUUCACGGAGCACGUGAGUGAGGUUGUUGAAGACGAGGAGAUUGGUACGGCCGAGAAUCGUGUGGAGAACCUUGCAGAACACGUUCGCCCAGUUAGAACUGAAAGGAGGACGAGUUUUUGGAGGUUCAAAGGGAAAGGAAACCAAAGAGAGACGGACGAAGUGACGCCUCCAGUAAGUGGAGGAGCAAUUGAUGGCUCCAACUCUCGUGCGUCUGAUGGGUUACUUAGCGUUAAAGUUGGGCCUAGUGGUGGAUUUCCAUGGUUUAAACGGAUGGGGAGUGGAAAGGGGCAAGAGAAGGAAAAGGCAAAGGCAAAACCGAAGGAAGAGAGCGAGGAAAUUGAUGAGGCAUCAUCAACUACACCUGCGUUCAAUUCGCCUUCCUGGAGCUCAAAUUCGACGAGUAGUGGAAAGUGGAAGGGCAAAGAGAAUGAGAACGAGGGAGAGAGGAGGAGGAAUAAGAGUGAGGGCGAGGUUGCACUAUUCAACAAGGUAAGAGAAGGGGAGGAGGAAGACAAAAAGGGAAAACGCAGAAGGUGGACACUGCCUCGGAUUGGAAGAAAGAUUGUUAUAGACGCGAAGGAAAAGGAGAGUCCAUCGGAACGAUUGGAGAGAGAACGGCUGGAGAGAGAACGGGAAGAACGAAAUAUCGCUAACAGGACAAAAUAUCCCGAUGGUGUUCUUGAUUGUGUAGGUACAUUUAGGUUUGCGCAAAAAGAGGCUAAUUUGUUUGCUCCUGCUUUCAGUGUAAAGACGAAUUCAAUGAUCAAGGACAAUGCACUGAAGGCCAAAUGA